AAGCGGGAGAUUCGACCGACGGAUGCUGGCUGAUGGCGGAGCCCUGUGUACUGCUCCUCCGAACUCACUCUCAGACUGGCCCCUUGGGAUCGCGCUCAGUUUAGUCUCUUAAGCCUCAAGUUCCAACCACACCGAAAACAUGAGUUCAAGUUCCUGAAAUUUGCUAUCCUUCCUCACCUUCAGACCUCUUUUUCCAUGAGAGGGAAGGAGAACUAGAGCAUCUCUCUGGGACAUAGAAAACUGGGGUUUGAACUCAGCACCUCAUGCUUGAGAAACUGAUAUGCUAUCCAUUAUGCCACCUUCUGGGCCCGAACUCUGCUGCUAUACCAGUAAGGCAAACAUCCAUGUAAACAAAAAAUCUGGGCUGGGGAGAUGGCAUAAUGGCUAUGCCAGAAGAUUCUAUCCACAGCACCAAAGUAAGCCAGAGCUGAGCUCAGGCUACAUAUGAAACCAAUGAAUAAAAGGAGAAAAUUUCUUCUUGCCUCGGUUCUUGAUCUCCAGAAUUCAAGCUUUCUAUAUCCUUCAUGUCAAAAGUGCUUUUCUCGAUUGAUCCUGCUUUAUAAAAGGUUUAAUUGUCCAAAAUGUGGGUUUACUGGUGAAGCUGAAAAUGUCAGUUACAGAUAUAAGCUUUCCUUAAAAGUUGCAGAAUCGAACCGAUUGCUUGGCAUUACUGUCUUUGGAAGCUGCUUAGAUACAUAUUUUGGUUUUACAGCUACUGAUUUGCACAGGUUCAUUCAGGAUCCUAAUGAAAUUCCCAAAACACUGGGCAGUGAUGCAACUCAGAGCCUACUAACUAAAGCAGUUGAAACUUGCUUUGUUGGACAAAGCUUUGUUUUUGGAGUGACGAAUUUUGAAAAUCAACAUGGACCAGGUUCAAAGUCUGAUGACUUCUUUAAACAGUACCCUGAUGGAAAGAGAGAAGCUAAAGCUCUAGUAGCUUGUCAGAUGAUACUACCAUACUCUGGUGUUGUGAGUUUCACUGUCAUUGACUGUUUCCGUCAACUUUUGCAACUUUCUGGCUUGAGAAAACUUGACUCCCAGGAACCUAAUAGCCACUUACUUGCUUUGGAACAUUCCAGUGGUGAUCUCAGCAGUAUAUGGGGCUCUGAGAGCAGUUCUUUGGUUUUUGAGUCUCAAGGCAGAGAUGCUUUUUCAAAAUCCUGGCAACCCCCAUUUGAAUGCGUUUCCAUUUUUUCACAGCUAACAGAUGAUGAUGACUUUUCAGCUUCAGAACCAAGCAAGAUUAUGGAUACUCAGGACCAAAAGAGAAACCAUAGCUCCUUUGCAAGAGCCACUAGUCCUAGUAACUGCUAUGAUUCAAUUCAGGAUUCAUGGAACCUUGUUUCAUAUGUGGAUAAAAAAAGUACAGCACAAAAGUUGAGUGAAGAACUUGGCUUACAAGCCAGUCAGCUAAAUGCAAUUCACAGGGGUGAUCAUGAAGCUGGUAUAACUGACUCUAAUUUAUUCCCUUUAAAAAUGCAAGAGCCCCUUGAACCAACUAAUACAAAAGCCUUUCAUGGUGCAGUAGAAAUUAAAAUUGGGUAUUCCCAGCAUGGGUUAACAUGUCACCAGCAUAACAAUAUAGAUAAUCCCUGUAGUUUUCAGGGAAAAUCUGCCUGUUAUCUGUCUUCAUCACAGAGGCUAGGAGAGGAGGCUUCUAGCUCCCAGGACCCCGAGAUUUGGGAUGAUCUACCAUUCUCUGAAAGCCUAAACAAGUUUCUGGCAGCUAUUGAAAGUGAGAUUGCCUUAUCCCCAAAAGAUGCCAGUGGUAGAAAAAAUGGCCUAGAUAAUGACAUUGAUAAAUUACAUGCAGACUAUAGCAAGUUAUCUGUGACUCCUCUGAGAACUGCAAAAACCACGUAUAAACCACCUACAGAUUUAAGAUCAUCAGAGGCAACAGUCAGAGAUAUCACUGACAAAGAUACUGACCUUUCCACCUAUGACACAAGUCCAAGUCCUAGUGUUCAAAAGGAAUCACAACCAGAUGGCAUUGCAGAGACUGUCUCUACAAAGAAUACAAGGGUUAUUUCUGAUUGUUUUCUGCCAGAUACUGACCUCUCAGCUCUGUUUCCAUCCUCCAAGGGUUCAGAAAUAACAGGCAUUAGUAAGUCUAUCAGAAUCUCACCAUACAUGGCCGAAAUUUCACAGAAGCUCAGUACUUCAGUAAGUGACCAUUCCGGUUUCAGUAUGAGAGGUGUCGAUGAAUGUGAAAACUCUCUUUCAGAAAUGAGUGAAAAGUUGACAACUUUGUAUUCCAGGAGGUAUAAUGAUCUUUACAACUUAGAAAAUCAUCAGCAGCCACAGAACCAAGGUAAUAGCUUUACAGUUUGCAGGAAACUUACAUAUUCUUUGGAAACUCUUUCUGGUACUCCAAAUGGAGGUACAAAUACAUUAAAAGAAAUGUCUUAUGGACGUAUCAGGGAUAACUUAACACAGAACCACUCUACUGGUCAUGAAGGUAGCUACAAUGCCUCGGCUGAUCUCUUUGAUGAUAGUGCUAAGGAAAUGGACAUUGCAGCAGACACUACCCAAAAAUCACAAGGCAUUUUGUUGCAAUGGAGAACAUAUUUGGCAGAAAGUCAUACAGAAGCUGAUGUUUUACUGAAAUCACUUUCUGAAAACUCCAGCCAGUCUUCCCCAAAAGUGUCCAUGCAGAGCCACACUGCCUCUCCACUUCCUUUUCAUUCCAAUUCAGAGUAUGAUUUUGAAGAGAGCCAAGGUUUUGUUCCAUGUUCACAGUCAACUCCAGUUGCAAGAUUUCACCACACAAGAAUUCAUGGGAUAAAAGGAGCUUUUGAAAAGUUACCUGAUUUCCAUUCAGCUCUUGAAAAUAAUGACAGAAAAACAAAUAUUUCCUCUGAAAAUAACAUACAGCAGGCUACCUCAGACUGUCCAAAAAGUAUUAAUACAAUCAAGCAGAAACCAGAAAGUCCUAUUAUGUUCGGUUUUACACAACCAAAGGUUAUGACCAAUCUUCCUACCAGUGAGUGCUUUGAAACUGAUAUUGAUGAAUGGGUCCCUCCCUCCACCCAAAAAGCACUUCUAUCAGAAGAGCCUGGAUUCCAAGGCAUAGGUCUAAGGAGGUGUCUUGCUGCCGGUAAUUCUCCUGAUCAAAAAGAGUUACCAAAAAAGAAAAUGAAGUACGUCAAACAAAGAACUGAAAAACAUUUAGUUGAAUUUAAGACAGUGUUUAAAGAAGUAGUAGCUAAUCCACAGAAAAUUCCCAGUAAUUCAUCUUUAAGCUGGAAUUCCAAAGAAUCUAUAUUAGGACAUGGUUCUUGUUUAGACGUCAGAUAUUGCCUUCCAUACACAGAAAGUCAACCACUUUCAGUUCCUGAAACUAAAGUUCCUUGGUCACCUGAACUGUUUUCAUAAAAGUCACCAGAACUUAAUUGUUGAACCUAUGACAGUACAUCUGUUUGUAAAACUUUGCUGCACUCUGGUAUGAAAAGAGUUGUUACUGUGAUUUUGUAAAUGUUGUAAAACCAGUUUUUUCCAGAAUACUCUAAUUCAAAUUCUAUGGCACUUUAUUUUAUAUUGUUGAAUGUAGUCUAGUAAUAAAAUUUUGCUUGUGAAAAGUAUUGGUUAAAUUCACAUGUACAUUCAGAAAUAAAAUCUUCACAAACCAAA